AUGCGUUCAGAUGCUUCACCCAAUAAACAGAGCCUGCACUACAUCGUUCGCUCGGGCAUCGCGGGUGGCGCUGCUGGCUGUGUCGCGAAGACAGUCAUCGCACCUCUUGACAGAGUCAAGAUCCUUAUACAGGCAUCUAAUCCCGACUUCCGGAAGUAUGCGGGAUCUUGGAGCGGCGCGAUUCGCGCUGCAGGAUACAUUUAUUCAGAGAAUGGCGUGUAUGGAUUACUGCAGGGCCACUCCGCGACCCUACUCCGCAUAUUUCCGUACGCGGCCAUUAAAUACAUGGCGUACGAUCAGAUAGAAAGCCUUCUCAUGCCAACACAGGAGUCCCAAACGAAUCUACGCCGAUUCUCAGCUGGAGCUAUUUCAGGAAUAAUAUCUGUAUUCUUUACGUAUCCCCUUGAAUUGACGCGUGGAGCCGCGCUAUCAACAUAUCUACACCGACCCUCAUUUUUCCAUGUAAUGACUGAGAUAUAUCAAGAAGGACCACGCAUUCAUGGGCUCUCCUCGAGUACUACACCAAUCUCCGGGAGCUUGUUUUCCAGUUUUCCUAUCCUCAAAUUUUAUCGUGGGUUCACUGUCACUAUCAUCGGCAUGAUACCAUAUGCUGGUACUGCCUUCCUCACGUGGGGUUCUCUUCGUUCACACUUUAUACUCCCAUCUAUGUCUUCCUCUCUUCGAACUACACAAACUCGCUUCAAGUCGACCCCAGUCGCAGACCUCAGCAUCGGUGCCGUCUCGGGCCUUGUUGCCCAGACUGUUUCGUACCCGUUCGAGGUCGUCCGACGUCGCAUGCAAGUCGGCGGAGUCACGCGUCCUGAUCGCUGGUUGCGCUGCGGAGAGACUGUUCGCGACAUAUGGGAUGUUCGCGGCUGGCGCGGAUUUUACGUAGGUCUGAGCAUCGGGUAUUUGAAGAUUGUACCGAUGACAGCUGUGAGUUUUGCGGUAUGGCAGUGGAGCAAGAAGGUGCUUGGUGUAUGA